AGUCAAGCAUCUGGAAACACAUGGAAGAAAAUGAGGGCAGUAGGAGGAGAAGAACUGUAUGUGGACAAAACAAGGAACAGAGAAAGGGGGAUGAUCAUAUCCAUAUGGUGGAGCUUGUAGCUUUUAACUUCCUGAAUAGAGAGAGGGUGACACAGAGGAGAGAGAGAGCUGGGACGUCAACAAGGAGAAAAACAACUGGAUGAUUUGCUGAUAAUCUGAGGCUCUGGAAGUACAAGGAGACAACUGUAGAGACAACAUGUGACCAUUUUUGAAUUACAGUGUGUGUGAUUGUGUAUGGAAUGUGUUGGGCUUUUGUGAAGUUCACCAGUGGGAUGGCUGGACAGAAAGAAACAGAAAUACUAAACAGUCUUGAGAAAGACUUGCGCUCCGGUUUAAGCUCCAGUUAGGUCACCUAGAGGAUUUCUCUCAGGUUGGUAUGUUCAUAUUCUUUCUCCGCCAUCUGGAGCUGUGAAGCACUUCCAUUUAUUUAGUGUGGUUCAUUCUUGCAUCCGGACAAAGACUCUCGGGGGACAUGAGCGUGCCAUGCCUCCAUUCUGAUGUUUCUCAGUCACAACCCUUUUAUGCAUAUUAGAUCUGGGCACUAAAGCUUGACUCCUGGCUGUAGAUAACUGCCCUUUAGUGAAGUCUGCAGACAUCAGCUGAACCUCAGAGGGUUGUUGCCUUUCCCUUAUAAGGCGAAAGCAACUGAGCGGAAAAGUAUUUGAAUUUGUGGUGGUGCCUUCUCAUGUCUGCUAAGUCUGAUUCUUUUGCCGUUCUCGAAACAUCCUGAUGUUUAUUGGCUUAAAAAUGGAGCGUUUGUCAGUGGGGCGUGUAGCCUGCAUAUGAGCACAGAUAGUACCCUCUGCCAUCACAGUCCCGUAUGUUCGUAUCAUCGUCUUUGGUCUUUCUUUGUUAUGAAAGGUCUCACAAGUGUAGCCAAAAGGAGGAGGUGUCAGAGACUGGUGCUGGAUUAACCCUAAAACCAAAAUUCGCAUUCUGAGGAGACCUGCUUUUGAAACUUGUUCAACACAUGCUCUUGACAAGUUUAAAACAUUAGAGAGUCUAAACAGAGCUGUGCUCAUUUUAUACCCCAAAAAGAUUGUCGACUUCUUAUUUAAGCAUGUUUGGGGAUCACCGGUGGAGACAACAACAUGACAUCAUUUUUGAGUGUGUCUUCCUUCCUGACACAUUCUCUACUCUGACUCUGAUCAACCAACCAGACAGACACCAGUUUUGUCCGGGUUUUGGAAAGUAGAAGGUGAACUUUCGGACAGUCUCCCGGGAUACUUGUUUUAUGCGUCCAGUCACUAUGACAACAGCACCGUGGUAUCAUCGGGACAUCAGCCGUGUACGAGCCGAGGAGCUGCUGGCUCGUGCCGGGAAAGACGGCAGCUUUUUGGUGAGGGACAGCGAAUCUGUGCCUGGAGCCUACGCCUUGUGCCUCCUGUUUCAGAGACAUGUUCACACAUACCGUGUCCUCCCUGAUGCAGAUGGACUGCUGGCUGUGCAGGCCCAACAGGGAGUGCAGGUGAACUGCUUCCGUACUCUCAGUGACUUAGUCGCUGGGUAUCAGCACCCUCACAAAGGUCUGGUGGCCCCUUUGGUUUAUCCUGUCAUACGUGAGACCGACCCCAAUGAUGAGACCUCGGACGGUGAUGAUGAGAAGCUGGGUUCAACAUUUGCAACUUCUUCACCACGUACAACGUCCCCUACGGGCCAGCCUCCAACCUCCAGUUUGGUUGCUACUCAUUUACUGCUCCAGAGGCUUCAGGACCUAAGUCCAACCAGUGUAAGCUGUGAGAUCAUUCCAUUACUGGAUGAGUAUCUGCAUGGUGAUGUGGGCACGGAUCUGGAAAAUGUGAAGAGGGGUGCGUCAGGACUUCAGCACUUUCAUUCUGUCCUCAGCCGCCUGUGCGACAGCCUGCACAUUGAGAUUGACCAAACACUGUCCAGUUUGGAGACUUUGGCAAAAGUUUUUGAUCAUCCUAUCAGCCACCUCACCUUCUCCACAUUGCAGAAAACAGGAAAGAACCCUGAAGAGAACAUGGAGAAUCUAAUUCACAAGCUGACUACCCUUUGUAACCUGCUGUCUUCCUUGGAGAAAAGGGUUCUCAAAGCAUUGCAGGAGGCUGUGACGAAUCACAACUUAUCUUUACAACCAGCCACUCCUCCAGAGGCUGUCACAGUUACAAAAAAAACAGCCAGACCAAGUCCUGUGCAUAGCUUUCAGGUGAAGGUGGUAAGAUACGGCAGGCAAACAGUGUCAGUAGACGUACACGCAGGAGUGCUGCUGUUUGACAAGAAAUCCGCCUCAUUUGGCAUGGAGACUGUCACACACGACAGGAUCGUGCAGCUGGUAAAGUUUCAGAAAAGCCCUGCAAAGCUGAAAAUGGUAAUUGACAGUCAUCACAACCCUCCAAGAGAACUGGUAUUUGAAAGCAUAAAGAAACGAGAAGCCUUUUGUCGCCUGCUGCAGCUUAUGAAGGCAACUCACUCAAAACAGUUUGAGCUUGACAUCAUCUCUGUGUUUGUCGGCACAUGGAACAUGGGACGCAGUUCUCCACCUGCUUCACUGCAGUCCUGGGUUACCUGCUGUGGUCUGGGUCUCACCCCGGAUGAGUCCAUUGCCUCUCUGCCUCAUGAUAUCUAUGCAGUAGGCACUCAGGACAACCCACAAGGCGAGAGAGAGUGGGCUGAAAACAUCAGAGCCACACUCCGGAGUGCAACCAACAUAGAAUUUAAGCAGGUGGCAGUGCAGUGCCUCUGGAAUAUCAAGCUGGCUGUGUUUGUGAAACCAGAGCAUGAAGGAUGCAUCAGUCUAGUAAACACAGCUAGUGUGAAAACUGGCCUGGGAAACACACUUGGAAACAAGGGAGCUGUAGGAAUUUCUCUCCUUUUCAAUGGCACCUCGAUGGGCUUUGUGAACUGCCAUCUGACUUCUGGUAGUGAUAAAGCACUGAGGAGGAACCACAACUUUCAGGACAUCCUCAAGCUUCUGUCUCUUGGAGAAAAACAGCUGAGCACGUUUGACAUCAGCCUUCGAUUUAAUCAUCUCUUUUGGUGUGGAGACCUCAACUACCGCCUGGACCUGGAUGUGCUGGACAUAUUAAAACACUUAUCAAAGAGAGAAUUCGAGGAGCUGAUGUGUGCAGACCAAUUGACUAGAGAGCGGCAUAAAAGAAAAGCUUUUUUUAACUUCAAGGAGGAGAAGAUUUUGUUUCCACCCACCUAUCGGUAUGAACGUGGUUCUAGAGACUGCUAUCUGUGGCAGAAAAGGUCUAGUGGGGUGCAAAUCAAUGGGCCUUCAUGGUGUGACAGAGUUUUGUGGAAGUCCUACCCAGAGUCUCACAUCACGUGUACAUCAUAUGGUUGCACAGAUGACAUCUUCACUAGUGAACAUUCACCUGUGUUUGCUACUUUUGAAGUAGGAGUGACAUCACUGUGCCCCAGAACAGUUUCAGAGGUCAAAGAGAGAGCCAGCAUUGAGCUGGAGUCAGUUGAAGCCAUAGUGAAAACUUCAAGCAAGGCCAAGUUUUUCAUCGAGCUCCAUUCACGCUGUCUUGAAGAACCUCGCCGUUCUUCAGAAAAUGACUCACAGCAUUGUGAGGUGCCUGGGUUUCUCAAACUUGGCUGGUGUUCCAGACAGUUUCCUAAGCUUCAGCCAGUUUUCUCUGAUAUAGAGCAUCUCCGGGAUCAGCACUUGCUAUUUUCUGUGAAGUCAUGUGAUGGCUUUGAAUCAUAUGGUGAGUGCUGUGUGGCUCUUUGCACUGUUAUGGGAAAAUCCUCAGAACUAUUUGAGACGUGCUUGACUCACCGAGGGGAAGAGAUGGGCUCAAUCAGAGGACGAAUCAGGGUCUAUGUACCACCAGACUGCAGAAGAAUCCGGGAAAGAAUCUACGAAUGGCUUUGUGUUGAAAAGAACCUGACAAAGGAUCCCAUGUCUCCUCCAUCCAGUGCAUCUCCGACACAAACUCCAUCUGUCCCACACACUCCAGUGCCAAACAGCUACACAAAUCCUGCUUACUUCAUCUUCGAGGGCAUGCCUGUGUUGCGAAAGGUUGAAGAGACACCUACAGCCAGCAAAAAAUCCCAAGUUUUGUACGAUAAAGACACUGUGAUACAGCUCCCUAGAGUAACAGGAGGCCAAAACCAUGGUAAAUUGUCUGCUCGGCGGUCCGACUUUACGGAAAUCGAGAUCCCUGGCUCCCUACCGCCCCACAAACCCUCUUGCGAUAGCCAGAGAGAACUGCCAUCUCCCGUUUCCUCAUAUCAGCUUUUCCCAGGACCAGAUGUCUCUCCAAACACACAGCAGAGACACAGCACCUCAAAUCCAUCUUUACCAUUACAGUCUUAUAAGAACAAUAUGGAUUCAGUCUUAUCAGUCAAAAAAGUCCCAAACUCCUACAUGAACCAUUCGAUCUUUUUACAGGACGUCCCACUGAAAGAGAAAAUCAGAAAGGAUUAUCACAAGCUGAACCAGGGUCAGCCCAUGCCAAUGCGAAAUGGACCAAAGCCCUAUAAGUCCACUAGGGUUCCCAUCCAUACACCUUUUGAACCCUGGACGGUUGAACAGCCGACGGCGGCUGCAGGUGACAACUCGCUUACAGCCCUUCAAAUUGCUAAAUCACUAAGUGAGGUGGAUUUUCAGCCAGUAGACAGGCAGUACCAAUAUCACGAGGUGUCACCUCGGCAAAGAUACCAGGGGUGCGAUUUCAGUUUAGCUAGUGAGAGAGCCUACGGAUGGGAGAAAGAGCAGGUCUCAGUCUUGCAUGGAGCUCCAGAAACAGUGUGGGAGCUGCUCAGCACCCUGGGUCUUCAGCGCUACACUCUGGACCUCAGCCGCAAUGGCUGGGACGAUCUUGAUUAUUUCAGUGGAAUUACAGAGGAGGAGCUGCUUGCAGCGGGGGUGACCAACCCAUCUCACAGACGUAGAAUCUUGGAUAACCUGCCUAGGAUCAUGAGAGCCAUGUAGAAUGUCAUAUAAUACCGUGUCCUAUCGUGACAACUUUAUAAAUAACAAGUUCAAUGUUUGCCUACUUAAUAAAUAUUUUUUAAAGGUA